GCGGGAAGCGUCUAGCUUUGCCGUAUAUUAGCGGGUGGAGGCGGUGGUGAGUAGCUUCCUUUUUCUGCAACACGUCAGCGGCAGCGGCAACAGCGCGUCACGAUGGCAGAACAGCAGCAACGUGACUCGCUCUGCCCACGGUUGAUUGAUUACCUGGCAAUCGUUGGGGCGCGCACGACGGUCGUCGCACGUUCCGGAACUAGCAACGCUGCCCCAGCACCCGGUUCGGGCAGCCAAUCAUCCGUGCAGCUACCAGAGCUGUUGCGACGGUACCCACCGAUGGACCACGAUGACUUCCCUCUGCCGCUGGACAUGGUGUACUUCUGCCAGCCGGAAGGAUGCGUCAGUGUUGGCUCCCGGCGUACCGGGUCCGCCAUCCGGGACACGACCUCCUUCGUGUUUACGCUCACCGACAAAGACUCGGGCAAGACGCGGUACGGCAUCUGCGUGAACUUCUACCGUCCGAUCGAGAAGUCGUUGCCGCGCGUGAGUGUCGGGGCCGGUACGGCCGCUGGCAAGCAACCCCCGAACUCCUCCCUGCGCCGCGAGUCCUGGCGCAAGAGUAUGGAGAAAAGCUCCGAUUCGGCUUUUUCGAGUGACUAUCGCAGCAGCAACAUUGCGCCGAGCGACUCUUCCGACCGGGACUGUCCCAGCCGGCGGGAUUCCGAUCCGCCGAACGCAGGCAACAACUACACCGCCACCCAUCAGUCGCUGCUGGGCGUGGUCGGACCGUCCGGCGACUCGGAGUCCGGCGGCAGCCAUUCGCCGUCGCCGCGCGCCUCGCGCAAGCGGUCGAAGAUCCGCAACCAUUCGCUGACCUCGCUCUGCAUCCUGUCGCAUCAUCCAUUCUUGACGAUCUUCCGCGAGUGUCUGUUCAUUCUCAAGCGGCUGAUCGACGCGUGCAACGAUUCCUGCAGCCCGAAGCGGGUCGGUGCCGCCCGACCGUCCGUGCGCGACAGCGUCUGGAACGUGCUGACCAACCAGGCCUCGGAGUCGACCAGCUCGGUGAUACUGCACGAUGUGCAGGAGAUUGAGACCUGGAUCCUGCGGCUGCUGUCCGCGCCGGUCCCUGUGCCUGGGUCGACGCGCGUCGAGGUAGACGUACUGUCCGCUGCGCUCUACCAGCCGCUGGUCUUUGCGCUGCCGGAUCACACCCGAUUCACGCUGGUGGACUUUCCGCUGCAUCUGCCGCUCGAGCUGCUCGGUGUCGAUACGUGCCUGCGGGUGCUGACGCUCAUACUGCUCGAGCACAAAGUAAUCAUACAGUCCCGCAACUAUAACGCGCUCUCGAUGUCCGUGAUGGCGUUCGUGCAUUUGAUCUAUCCGCUGGAGUACAUGUUCCCGGUCAUUCCACUGCUGCCGACCUGUAUGGGUAGUGCCGAGCAGUUGCUGCUCGCGCCUACACCGUACAUUAUCGGCCUGCCGGCAACCUUUCUGAUGUACAAGAAGAACUUUCGAUUGCCGGACGACAUUUGGCUGGUUGAUUUGGACUCGAACAAGCUAACACCGGCGUCCGGUGAUAUGGAAGCAAUACCAAUGUUACCUGAGCCGGAAGGUGGUAUACUGAAAAAUCACUUGAAACAGGCCCUCAACUCCAUGACAUCGGGUAGUCAAACGUCCUCGCUGCCUGUCCGUCAGCAAGCCACGGGCAACGGUCGCGAUAGCUUCAGCAGCUCGAACGCCACCACUGGGCUAGCGCUGCAGGCGCCCCAAGCGUCUGCAUCGCACGGUUCGAAUCACGGUGGUGCCUCGUCGAACGCCGCCAUGCCCAUGACUGGACUCUCCAGUUCAACAGCCGCCUCCCAACAACCAAGCCCCGUGGGACAGCCGUCGACCGUAAAUCCGCUCAUCUUCGGUGCCGACGUCGACUCGGUAGACGUGGCGACACGCGUUGCGAUGGUGCGCUUCUUUAACUCGCAAAACACACUCGCAAACUUCACCGAGCAUACGCGGAUUCUGCGGCUGUACCCGCGACCGGUUGUCGCCUUCCAGAUCAACAGCUUCCUGCGGUCACGGCCCCGCACGUCCGCCUUUCUCAACCGCUUCGCUCGCACCCAGGCCGUGGAGUGGCUGGCCGAGUGGUCGCUAACGCCCUCGAACGUGGCGUUUCUGCGCGUGCAGACAGGCGUGCUAGACCCGGCGCAGGUCGGCGAUAAGCCGAAAUGGUACGCCCACACGCUCAACCCGAUCCGCUUCCAGGUGUGGGACGAGGGCAGCACGCUGAGCGUGGCACUGAAGCGCAUGCUGCGUCUCGAGAAUCAGCCCACCGAUGAGAGUGGUUCCGAUUCGGACGGUGCGGACAGUACCAGCUCGUCCUACUCGUCGCUGAGCGACUUUGUGUCCGAGAUCGUAUCAUCGGACCUGUCGCCGAGCCUGCACGAGGUGUACGCCAACCAGCACCAUCAUCACGUCGCGCCGAAGAACCUGUCGUCCAACCUGGAUCCGCGUCUGGUGUAUCGGCCGCCGAGCUCGCUGCGCUUUCCGGAAGGUAUGCAGCCGCAGCCGAGAGAACCGAGCGGCACGGAGCAGGUAGACUCGGCCGAGUCGACCUCGUCGAGCCAGUCCGAUCUCAGCUCGCCCAGCUUCAACCGUGACUCGGAGUUUGAAUUCAACCCGAAGACCCGCAACGAGGUGCAUCUGGUCGUGAAGCCGGAGCGCGAGCACGGCAGCUUCGAGAACGAGUCGGACUCCAACUCCACCACCACGCCAAAGACGAUCGUAUCGAAGGACAGUGGUGGGUCGCACGAGGCCGUCACGGGCGUGAAGCGCACCGGGAAGCUGUCCAAGAUUCCUCCACCCAUAUCGCCGAACUUUGCGCGCCAGCAGAGCGGGGCGAACUUGCUGGCACGCACGUCAAGCUCUGGCUCUACCGGGUCCGGCAGCCAUCCGCCGUCGCUUGGAUCUGCCGGAUCGCAGCGCCAGAGCUCGCAGGGCUCCCUGUUCGAGGUGCUGACGACGCAGGCGAAGGAACUGGUUAGGGAGACGACCCGUCAGAGCAGCCAGGAUGGGCUCCUGGCACAGAUGGAUAAGUUCAAAGUGCAGGCCAAGGAAAUAGAAGAAGAUCUCAAGAUUCUAGCUCCUCUCGAGCAGCUUACGUUGCAGGCUAAGAAGGCCGCAGAGGAGGCGUCGAAGCAAGCGCUCGAAGCGUCCAAGCAGGCGGCUGGCGUUAGCAAGAACACCAUUGAAGAUCUGACCUAUGUCGGCAAAUCUACCAUCGGUGAUCUCACCAAAUCGGCCAAGGAGGUAGCGGCCAAGAAAGGGCUGCUGCAGCAAGGUACCGGUCCGUACACUGGACCACAAUCGCUGAAUUCUCCGACCACAAACACGGUAGCGACCACCAACCAGUCGCUGUUUUCAUCGAUCACCAGCGACUUCAACGGUAUCGCCCAGUCAACAUCAUCAAUGUUUUCCGAUCUGUUCGGGGGCAAGCAGAAACACCAGCAGCAACAGCAGCAUCACCAGCAGCACCACCAGCAGCACCAACAACAGCAGGGAGGCGAUUCACAUCGUGGGACCAGCAUGCUGCAGCAACAGCAGCUCAAAAUGAAGGAAAAAUUAUCGUUCGAUCCAUUUCCCGGCCGCAAGGGUCUGGUGGAGCGAAACCCGCUGAUCAAGCACUCUGGCCCAAAGCAAACGAAGGAGGAAAUGCAGCGAAUACAGAACGCCGAACGAUCGACGAGUAACUCGGAAAAUCAAACCUUUCUAAAGGAUCUGGUUAACCAGGUCCUAGCCGGGGAGGGCGUUGGAUGGCUGAAGCUGAACCGGCUCAAGAAACUGAUGGAGGACGAAUCGUAUCGUAUGUUGGUGCUGGGCAAGCUCAACAGGACGCUAGAGCGAAAGAUUGGCCCAGACGACCAUAUCGACGACGUGUGCAUAUCGAAAGCAGUGUACAAAGGAACGCUCAAGUGUUUGUUGGCGAUAACGCACGGACUGGAGCACACGAUAGGUAACUUUGGUCUCGGCGGGAUGGCGUCCGUGUUUCAAAUGAUGGAAAUCGCUCACACGCACUACUGGAGCAAGGAUUUAAGUGAAGGUGCGGGUUCCGAGAUGUCUGCCAGCUUGCUGUCCAGCCAGAGCGUAAGUCCGAUGGGCAGUCGGGAGAACCUAAGGUCACCCCAAAGCCCCACGGAGCUGUCGGAUUGGAUGCUGGGCGGCUCUCGCAAAAGCUCCAGUGCCAACAACGACCAUAUCGCCCUCUCGCGUCACCCAUCGGAGAACGAGCAGGAGAAUCAAUCUACGUCGGAAAUGUUCAAGGACAUGCUGUCCCUGAAACGGAAUGUGUUGUUCAACAAGCUGACAUCCUUUGAGUCGGAGGGUAGCAUUGCGAUGCAAGAUUCAUCUGGGACAUUAUCUGUCGCUAGUGACGUUUUGCCGCAACAGCAAUCCGGUGACUUUUUGGCUACCUCUAUCUCUUGCCGUUCGACGGUGUCGGAUACCGAGUAUGAGAAAUUUCCGAAAAGCUCCACCCUGAAGGACGCAAAAAAGAUGGCGGGCGGUAUAUUUUCCGGCAAGUCAUCACUAAGUGCGGGCUUUCGCUACACUGGCGGCAGCCUAAUUCCGUCGUCCGGAUCGCCUUCGCCGGAUGCGCCCCGGGUGUAUCUGUUCGAGGGGCUGCUAGGUAAGGAUCGGUCCAGCAUCUGGGACCAGAUGCAGUUCUGGGAAGACGCGUUCCUGGACGCGGUCAGCCAGGAGCGGGACAUGAUCGGCAUGGAUCAGGGUCCGGGCGAGAUGAUGGAGCGCUACAAGGCGCUGUCGGAGUCGGAGCGCAAGCGGCUCGAGCACGAUGAGGACCGGCUGCUGUCCACGAUGCUGUACAAUCUGACAGCAAUUCUGGUAAUGCUGAAUGUGCACAAGCUGGAAAUCAAGAAGAAAGUACGCCGACUGCUAGGCAAGAGCCACAUAGGGUUCAUUUACUCGCAGGAGGUGAACCUGCUGCUCGAUCAGAUUAAUAAUCUGCAUGGUAACGACAUCGAUCUGAAGCCGCUGGGAUCCCGUUUGCUGCACCGGCAAAGCUUCACCGUACACCAGGGCAUCGAUGCGAGUGGAUCGCUCCGCUUCAUUGAAGUGCGUGACGACGGACUGGUGCUGCGUUCGGUGAACGGUAGCAUCACCGAGCGAUGGUGGUUCGAGCGGCUAGUCAACAUGACCUACUCGCCGAAAACGAAGGUGCUGUGCCUGUGGCAGCGUAACGGGGGCCAAACGCAGCUGCACAAGUACUACACGCGCAAGUGCAAGGAGCUGUACAACUGCAUCAAGGAGUCGAUGGAACGCAGCGGCUGCGCCGGCCAGGCCCCCGAGCUGGGCGGUGAGUUCCCGGUGCAGGACAUGACGACCGGCGAGGGCGGUCUGCUCCAGGUGUGCCUUGAGGGCGUCGGACUGUUGUUUGCGAACAGCAAGGAUUUUGAGUUCUUCAUCCGGCUUAAUCAUAUACGGAAGUGCUUCACACAGAAAGGCGGCGUGUUCAUUCUGGAGGAGUACAAUCCCAAAACAAGACUUAUUAUUCAACGAAAAUACAAAUCCGCCAUGGCCGACCAGAUAUGCUACGCCGUGCUGUGUGUUUUCUCGUACAUUGCGGCCGGCCAGGAGCAGACCAAGCAGCAGCAGGGUGCAGCGGUGAAAGGUGCAGGGACUGCGGGACCACAGCACGUACCGGUACCGACCAUGCAGCUAUCGCCCUCCUCCAAACCGUCGCAAUCGCAACACCAACAGCCGCCGCAGCCGCAACAGCAGCAGCAGCAGCACCAGUCGCAGAAAAUUCAACAGACGCAUCUUCCACAGCAAAGCUCGCCCAAGCUCAAGACGGUCGUUGGCAAACCGAUCAGCCCUAAGCAGUCGGCACCAACGAUCCAGCCACCGGCGGCAGCGCAUGCUGCGGCUCCAUCACCGGCCCCAAUGCAGGCACAACCGCAACCGGCCCAAACGCUUCCCAAGAGCACACCGCCCACGCCGCAGCCCGAGCCGGCCAGCCUGGACCGCGUGAAACCGCCCACGGUGCCGGCCCGUCCGAAGGUCGCCUCGGCCGGCUCCGUGACCAGCAGUCCGCCGGCAACCAAGGCACCGGUCCUGGUGUCGAACCGUGGCCCCCCGCCUGCCAUACCGCCCCGCACCAGCCUGUCGCAGCGUUCCGACUCGGUGUGCAGUGCGUCCGGCCACCAGCAACCGCUGCAGCGCCAGUACUCCGCCAUCGAGCCGUCCUCGUCCGGGCGCUCGGCGGCCGCCAAACCGUUCCCGUUCCGCUCGCUGCAGAAGCAGUCGACGGAUGCUGGCGGUAGCAAGGCGGGACAGGAGUAGGCUAAGCGCGGACGGCUAGCAGAUGUCUAGGAAAUGGGAAAGGAAAAUGGGCGCUUUUGAGCGCGCGUACCACUAUAACACAACGAUCGAACGCUAGCCAGGAUGAGGAUUCAAUGAGGUUCGCUAAAUGUCAAACUAGAGAAGAGUAGAAACAGAGAGAGAGAGAGAGCGAGAGAGAAACAAUAGAUGAAGGAAGUGUUAUCCACUGGACAUGGAGUAUCAAAUAGCAUAGUUCAAUCAAUAAUUAGCAACAGAUGUAUAGACCCCAAAACACGACACAUGGGUAUUGCGUGCUGUUAAAAGUAAGCUUUAAAUGCCACACCCCUGCGGGUAGGAUGCAACGAGCGGGUCUCGCUUCUAGGUGUUUCAGUUCCGUCGAUUUGCCUGUUUGCUGUGUUUUGUCUGUGGCAGUGCUGUAAACCGUUAUUGUGUUAAUGUUGUCCGCCCUGGGUUUUUCGUUCCUACUGUGAGAUGCUUUCCCUGUGCACAAAUCGUUAUUUAUAGAUCUAUAUACAUAUAUUAACAAGAUUGGUAUGCUCGGUCUCGAGCAGGACACAUCCGCUGAUAGUGUGAUAACAAAGACAUACAAUGUACGAAAGUAGGAAUAGACGAGUACUGCCAGAGUUCGAGCCGCCUCGGUCGGCUGUAAAUACCACAGGGCGGGCACAAUGUAAGCCAUGUGCAGCCGAUCGAAAGCAUCGAAAGAACCCCAACGUCGCAUCAGUCGUUGGCGCUUACGUUUAAGUUGACCCUUUAAGCUUUAACACUACACAUAUAAAUAUACACAUAUAUAUCACGAAUGGCGGCACACAACAGCAAGCACCCGCUCUCUAUAUUACACUAUUUUACAUUGUUGAAGCAUGUUAGACGAAGUGUCAGCCGUGUGCAGCAGUUACACCCCCGCCCACCACCAGUUUCCCCCGAAUUCUAGUGUAGUUCCGCCAGUGUGAUAGCAACCUAUACGCGUUAGCGACCACAAGAGCAAUACAAACUUUCUAGAGCAAACAGAUGAAGCAACAAAACAAAACAAAACAAAAACGAGACACCGGGAAGGUAAAAAAGUGUAAAAUUAGCGCAUCAAAUAUAUAUAUAGAUAUGGCGACGCGUACACCUGUCACCAACAACA